UCUUUUAGUGACGAAAUUGAAUCCCGACUAAAGCGUGUAAACAAGCCAGCAGUGAAGACAAUACGAACGGAAUAUGGUGAUAUUUAUGAUUGUAUUGAUUUCUAUAAACAACCAGCAUUUGAUCACCCCUUAUUGAAGAACCACAAUUACCAUCCUCAGGUUCGUAUUAUGAUGCCUGAUUUUGCUCCUGGGAGUAGGAAACAUAGAUAUGUAUCAACUCGUAAUGAACAACCUUAUCUAGCCAUCAAAGGAGAAGGAUGUGCCGUUGGGACAGUUCCUAUUAGGAGAGUUACUAAGUAUGCUGUCGUUCGGACGAAAAGAAUACCAAAUAAAAGUUACAAUGGGGCAGGAUUUAUUGUCACUGUUUUCAAUCCAGACGUUGAUGUAAACCAAUAUAGCUCAGGUCAAAUAAAGAUUCAAAAUGGUCGUGACAUUAUAUCAGCGGGUUGGACAGUGAAUCCAUCAGCAUUUGGUGACUCUAGAACUCGGGCAUUUUUCUAUUUCCAGGCUAGUGGUAGAUCAGGUUGUUUCAAUACGCGGUGCAGUGGCUUUGUUAUUACUAAUAACACUAUACAUCUUGAUAGAGUCCUGCAACCUUCCAUAAUUAAUAAAGAAUAUUAUUCAACGGAGCUCAAGAUACACAGGAAUGCUGCCGGAGACUGGUGGCUUCUAGUUGGGGCAGACCAUAUACCAGUUGGGUUUUAUCCAGCAAAACUCUUCACUCAGCUAUCAGAGAAAGCUAAUUAUAUUGAAUGGGGAGGAGAGGUUCAUGGUCCAACAGACUUGCCCAGCCCUCCGAUGGGAAGUUCUCGACUGUUGUCCGAAAUCGGCAGGUUCGAUGCACUCUGUAAGGAAGUCACGGUGUUUAAUGAGCUUCGACAAGAAGUGGAUCCCGGGGACGACAUAGAAACCUAUUGUGACACUGCUGCUAGAUACUAUGGCGUUGCAGACAUAGGAAACAUGGGGAGUGGGCUUGGACGCUGUGUGUACUUUGGGGGCCAGGUGCCAGCGAGGAAGAAAGUAUCAAGGGCUGCAGCACACAAAAAGUCGUUAAUUGUUACAGAGAUAUCUGAUGGGGAAGAUGAAAACGAUGAUUUCAGCGAUGAAGAUUUUAAGGUGGAGGUGGAAGUGGGAAAGAAUGGGGGUAGAAGAAAACAAGCAGUAACAAAUGCCAAAUCGGCAGUGGCAGCAACAUGA